UCGCGCUUCGCACGAAUUCAAAAAUUUCUCCUCCUCUCCAACUCCCGCCAUCAUUCCAAUAGUUGGAGGCUUGGAGACGAAACACGCCGCCAUCUGUGCCACCCCGCCACACGGCCCCAAUCUUUUUAAUUAAACCUAUAAUAUUAUCACCUUUUACACCAGUAAUUAAACCCUAAAAGAUUAUUUUAAAAAAAUAAUAACCGUCUCGGUAGGCCUUAAGGUCGUUGGCAAAUUUGGUCCUUGUACAAAACAAGAUCCCUUCCUUUCCUUGUCUAUGAAAAUUCCAAAUCAGCACUAAUUCCUCCGCCAACUUUUUUAUUACUCUAUUUUGUUUUUCCAUUUUUUUAAUCUCUUUUGCUAAAAUUAAGUCUUGAUAUUCGAACCUUCUUUCAGUGUUUUGUUGGAACUUGGAAGAUAACACAAAGCGGGAAGAAACGUGCUAAUUUUAUAGAUCCCUUCUUUAUUUUUGGUGCAUUGCAUCGAUUGGGAGUUUUUAGGGUUUUAAUCGGGAUUCCGGUGGGCGUGGUUUUCAAUUGCACAACCACCGACUUGAAUUUGGGGCAACCAAUUACGUUAAAAUUUUAUAGCUUCCUUCUUUUUUGUAUCAUUGCAUCGAUCGGGAGUUUUUUAGGGUUUUAAUCGGGAUUCCGGUGCGCUUGGUUUUCAAUUGCGCAAACACCGACUUGAAUUUGGGGCAACCAAUUACGUUAAAAUUUUAUAGCUUCCUUCUUUUUUGUUUCAUUAAAUCGAACGGGAGAUUUUUAGGGUUUUAAUUGGGAUUCGGUGCGCUUGGUUUUCAAUUGCGCAAACACCGACUUGAAUUUGGGGCAACAAAUUACGUUAAAAUAUUGUAGCUUCCUUCUUUUUUUGUUUCAUUGAAUCGAUCGGGAGAUUUUUAGGGUUUUAAUCCGGAUUCCAGUGCGUGGAUUUCAAUUGCGCAACUACCGACUUGAAACUUGAAUUUGGGGCAACCGAUUACGUUAAAUCUAGUGGGGUUUUGUUUCAAUGUGAAAUUAGGGUUUUGGUUGACGUGCCUAGACAGAUAGGGAGGAUAAUCAAACGGACGGGGAAUCUUGAAAUGCCGAGCAUGAAACGCUGCAAGAUGGAAGAAACGAGCCACGACUCCUACGAAGAAGAAAUUUACUACGAUUAUGACGUGAAUCCCAAGAGAUUAAAAUCGAAAGGUUAUUAUUCCUAUGGCGACUUCGAAGAUUUCAGCAGUGGCUCAGGUUAUUGGAGCAGAGAGGUGUUGUACCAGGCUGGUGAAUUGAAGUCGAAUUCAAUGAAUUUGAAUAAAGCAAAACAAUGUAAGAAAAGUUCCAAGAAGAAUUUUAAGCCUCCGUUGUUAAAAUUAUCUGGAGGAAGAACUCAAAUGCUUCCUUCCAGAUUCAACGAUGCCGUUCUUGGUUCAUCGAAAAAUGGAGAAUUGAAUGUCGAUUACACGGAUUCGAGCUUGGAGGAAGAUGAAUUUGAUGAGUCGAGAUAUAUGAAACUUAAGUUAGGAUAUGGAAGCUCCGACUUGUAUCUAAUUAGUAAAAGAAGAGAGGAAAGAGAAAUGGAUUACGUAGGGGUUAAUAGUAGUUUUGAUUAUGGAAAUUAUUUGAAUUUUUCUUUGGCAUUGCCAGACACUGAGGAGUUUGUGCCUAGGUAUAACACUUAUAAGGGUCUAGAAAGGUUGAGAAAAGAGAGAGCUGGAAAAAGGAAAGAUGUGUAUAAGCCUGAAGAUUUUGCUUUGGGUGGUAUAGUUUGGGCUAAAUGCGGGAAGAGAUACCCUACUUGGCCAGCUAUUGUGAUUGAUCCGAUAUUGCAAGCUCCUGAAGCCGUCUUAAGUUGUUGUGUUCCUGGUGCUAUUUGCGUUAUGGUUUUUGGUUACUCAAAAAUGGAACUCAGUGGGAUUAUGCGUGGGUGAAACACGGAAUGAUAUUCCCAUUUGCAAAAUUCAUGGACAGAUACCAGGGAUAGACCCAGUUUUACAAGUGGAAACAAAGUGAUUUUCAGAUGGCACUGGAGGAGGCAGUUUUAGCAGAAAAUGUUUUCCUGGACUCAGGCCAUGAAAGCCAGCAA